UAUUUCAAGUGUUCACUAACCAACCCAUCUCCUACAUUACACACAUUCACAUUUACAAACAUACUCAUGAUGAAGAGACAAAGAGAAAACGAAGAAAAAGAGAGCAUAAAUUUAGCGACAACUCUAAUGUUACUAUCUUCUCGUAUAACCCAACAAAACAAAACAUAUUCUCCAGUUGAGUUUGAGUGCAAAACUUGCAACCGUAAAUUCUCAUCUUUUCAAGCCCUAGGUGGUCACAGGGCAAGUCACAAGAAGCUGAAACUUCUUGAUUCAGAAGAAGCACACAAAGUGAAUAUUCAUAAUAAUAAGCCCAAAAUGCAUCAAUGUUCAAUUUGUGGACAAGAAUUCAAACUUGGUCAAGCUUUGGGUGGACACAUGAGAAGACAUAGGAUUAAUAAUGAAGGGUUUUCAUCUUCUUCAAUAAAUUAUCAAGUGAUAGCAAAAUCUUCUCCUGUUUUGAAAAGAUCGAAUAGCAAGAGAGUUAUGAUCAUGGAAUUGGAUUUGAAUUUGACACCUUUAGAAAAUGACUUGAAGUUGUUGUUUGGAAACAACGCACCUAAAGUUGAUAAUUCUUUGGUCUGAUUUUAGUCUCGCCAAAUUUUUGAACAUAUUAUCAUGAUGUAUUCUUUCGUUUUUUUUUUUUUUUGUAAGUAGUGACAUUUAUGGAUUCAUUUAUCUAGUAAAAUAAUAUUUAUAUAUGAUAUGUUACAUCA